AUGUAAUAACGACCAAUAAUUAAUAGGGACCUACAAGAAAAAAAAGAUAAAGCAGCAAAAUCUUUACACGACUAUAAAAAGAGUGUAGAACUUAAUUAUUAAGAGUAUGUCUCUUAAACAUCUGAAUAAUAAUUGAACGAUCUUGAAAGUAUUUCAAGACCUUCAGUAAAGAGCAUGCCUGUCAAGACAAGAGAUUUGCUGAACAAAUACAAGGCACAACUUGAAAUAAUCCCAAAAUUUUAAUUGGUCUCUAAACCAAAUCCUCAAUUACUCAAGAAAUAUUUGGAACCUGAAGAACAUCUAUAAAGUGUUUCUUCCCAACAGUCAAAACCCCCAAAGAAUCCUUUUUAAGACAGUCAAAGAACUAAGCAAGAUGAAUAGCAUAUGUCUUUCAGCAGAUAAAAGGAAGUUGAAUUACUUGAUAAUCAAAUUCAAGAAAAUAUUAUUUAAACUGAUUAGGAGGGACAGAAGAAUCCCUUUGAAAGUUCAAGUGUAAUGCAUUAUACGUAAACAUAAAUGCUGGACCCUUAUGCAAAGACAGUUUCAGAAAGAAAUCAAGCUAGUCACUAUACAAGUUAAGAGAGUAGCAACAUUUAAAAUUUAAGUUAAACUUAAGAAAAAUCACUAGAUUCUGAAUAGUUCUAUGAGACAAUUGAGGAGUAAGGACAAUUCUAACAAUCAGGCAGAGUCAGUACAGGGACUCAAUUAUAAAAAUUGGAUUAGAAAUCAUCCAGAAUUUAAAAUAGUAUAAAAGAAGAAAUAUAAGAUGAAUCUAGUAGUAUGACUCAUUCCUCUCAUCAAGAGGAGAAAAAUCAUGUAAAUUAAAGUCCAAUUUACGAAAGUUUUGAUUAGGAUUCAUAAUUGGUCGAGAAAGCAUAGAGAUGGAAUUAGUAUCAAAGCAUUCCAUAGAAUACAGCAGAGUUUAAUCCUAAUGUGUAAUCAACAACUGCGGAAGUCAAAUAUGAAUAAAACAAUUCAUAAUAAAUAAAACAAGAUAUUUCUAAUAAUAACAUCAGUUAUGGCCAGUCAUUUGAUUAGGCAUAGCAGUAAUCUAGUUAUUUAAAUUAAUAAAUUAAUUCCAAACUUAUAGAUAAGGAUUCAACAAUAGAUGGAAUUAUAAUAAAUAAUCGUAUAAUAUCUAAGAAGCUUUCAUAAGAAUUAGUAAUUGAUAUGUAAAAAUUUGAGGAAAAUAGUCACUUAUUGAAUAGCAUCAAUAGAACCUAAUUAUUGUUUAUUACUGAGAAAUAUUUUGAUCUUAUGAUUCUAUAAAACAAUAAGAAUUUAUUGUAAGAUUUUCGAUUAUUAAAGAAGUUAUAAUAUCACAUAUUUAAGAAAGAUCGUGUUAUUUUAAAAAAGUGUAUGAAGUAAUUUCAGGUAAAUAGGGAUAGAUAAUUAGAGAAAUAUGAAAAGGAUAGGAAAUCUAGAUAAUUUCUCUUCUCAAAAUAGAAACUACUAUAAGAAUAUGUAUUUUAAGCAAUUAGAUAAAAUAAAAUUGCAUAGUAAUAGUUUUUAUAGAAUGUGAUUCGAUUGAUGAAUAACCAUAAAUAGAAGGUUUUGCUGAUAAGAUGGAAGACUUAAGUAUACAAAUAAAAAAUGAAAAGGCAAAUGGAUCUUUAGUAUAAACAGUUUUUAUUCAAUGGCUGGCUAAAUGUAGUUAAAAGAGAGAAAAAGGCGAAAGAUAUCAAAAGUUUAACAAAAUAUUAUUUUUCAACAAUUCAAAAAUAUUACUAAACUUGGAAAUGUUUCACUUACUAAUAGUAAAGACUCAAAUCUAAGUUUCUGAAUGCUUAGAGGAAUAUAAAUUUGAUGAAGAAGAAGUUUAUAAUGUCACAAUGGAUCAAUUUUAUUUAGGAAGUGAAAAGAGAGAAGGAAUUUGAAGCCUAUGUGAAACAGGCCAAUGAAUACGUUCCUGUUAAGGUAAGCCUAAAACCCUAAAAUAUAAAAAUCUAUAAUAUCAAAUGA